GGGGGGGGGGUGCUGCGGUGAUUAAUCUCUACUGUUUAAUACCAUUUUAUGCAACAUGUACACUGGAUGCAGCAAUGCCUCUCCUAAAUACAAAUGAAAUGUGUCCAAAUUAGGAUUAAGUCAUCUCACUUUGUCAUCACUGGGAACCAAACCCCCCAAAACACCAAAAACAAAGCAAGCAUGUUUUUAACGCAAUUUUUUAAAACCUUUUUGCAGAACCAAUUCUUUCGGAAUUAAUUUGGUGAAACAGGUACUGGCACGUAAAGGAAAAGUGACGCGAGAGUGGUGGAAAAACCAACCGAAGGGGCAAAAAACACCGAAACAAUAGAACGAAAGAGAAACCAAUUGGCGAGGGGGAGGGGGCGUGGCCGGACGACUUAUCUCUCUUCUGAUUGGCUGCCGCCCUCGCACUUAAAAGCCGGCGGCGUCGCGCUCAGCUCACAGCGAGCGCGAGACACGCACGGGAGGGCGCCAUCGCUCCCCUCACUCACUCAGCCGCUCUUUCAGUCUUGCACGCCGGACACCGCGCACCUUCACGUGGCUUCCACUCGGCGGUCACCACGCUGACUUUGGGGCAUCUUUUUUUUUCUGGUUGCAUUGUCGGCCGAGCAAGUACCCUGAGGAGUGUUGGGACACUCGGAGGUUCUUUUUGGAGGGGGACAGGACGCACUCGCUGCCUGCACCUGAGGACGACAACAACAACAUGCCUCAGACACCGCACAGCGCCGGAGGCUACAACAAAAACUUUUACCAGGCCAAGGAGGAGCUCUAUUCUGGACUCUAUUACCAUGACAACAACCUGGUAUCCGGAUCCUUGGAGGCCCUCAUACGGCACCUGCUGCCCACAGUCGACUAUUAUCCAGAUAGGACCUACAUCUUCACAUUCCUGCUGAGCUCUCGCCUCUUCGUCCACCCGUACGAGCUCAUGUCCAAGGUGUGCCACCUGUGCGUGGAACAGCAACGACUCGGCGAUCCCCAAGCGGAGAAGAUACGACUCAGGAAGAUCGCUCCGAAGAUCCUUCAGCUAUUGACGGAGUGGACGGAAACCUUCCCUUACGACUUCCGGGACGAUCGGAUGAUGCGCAGCCUGAAGGACCUCACGCAUCGGCUCUCCACUGGAGACGAGAUUUACAGGAAGGCGGCGAGCCAGCUGAGCCAAGGUUUGAUCCGUAGGCUGACGGUCCUCAGCCAGUACGAGGAGGCUCUGGUCAAGAUCAACGCCACGGCGGCUGAGCGUCUGACCGUCCUCAAGACCAAAGCCCACGUCCACAGGGACAUCCUGUCCGUCUGCAACGACCCCUUCACCCUGGCCCAGCAGCUGACCCACAUAGAACUGGAGAGACUCAGCUACAUCGGCCCCGAGGAGUUUGUCCAAGCGUUCGUCCAAAAAGAUCCGGUGGACAACGACAAGGGCCACUUCGGCGAGCGCAAGAAGGCCGCCAACCUGGAGGCCUACGUGGACUGGUUCAACAGGCUCAGCUACCUGGUGGCGACGGAGAUCUGCAUGCCCAUGAAGAAGAAGCAGCGCGCGCGGGUGGUGGAGUUCUUCAUCGACGUGGCGCGCGAAUGCUUCAACAUCGGCAACUUCAACUCCCUCAUGGCCAUCAUUUCUGGGAUGAACAUGAGUCCCGUGUCCCGCCUGAAGAAGACGUGGAGCAAAGUGAAGACGGCCAAGUUCGACAUCCUGGAGCACCAGAUGGAUCCUUCCGGAAACUUCUACAACUACAGGACGGCGCUGCGCGGCGCCACUCAGCGCUCCGUCACCGCCAACAGCAGCAGGGAGAAGAUGGUGAUCCCGUUCUUCAGCCUGCUCAUCAAAGACAUCUACUUCCUCAACGAAAGCUGCGCAAACCGACUGCACAACGGCCACAUCAACUUCCAGAAAUUGUGGGAGUUGGCCAAGCAAGUGAGCGAGUUCAUGAGCUGGAAGGCCGUCCAGUGUCCUUUCGACAAGGACCGCAAGAUUCUGCACUACCUGCUCACCGCGCCCGUCUACAGCGAAGACGCGUUGUGUCUGGCGUCGUACGAGAGCGAAGGGCCCGACAACAACGUCGACAAGGACCGAUGGAAGUCGCUUCGAUCCACGCUGCUACGUCAAGCAUAAACACGAAGACGACCCGAGAUGUCAUCCCCCA